AUGCAGUUUUCUGGAGGAAAUCGGAAAAGACUGAGGUUGGGAGGUGACCAAAGGAAUGCUUGCUAUCCUCAUAGCCUUCAGUUUUACUUGGAGCCACCUUCUGAAAACAUAUCUUUGAUUGAGUUUGAAAGCUUGGCUAUUGAUAGAGUUAAAUUGCUAAAAACAGUCGAAAAUCUUGGUGUGAGCCAUGUGAAAGGAACUGAGCAAUACCAGAGUAAGUUGGAGGCUGAGAUAAGAAGGCUCAAGUUUUCCUUCAGAGAAAAUGUAGAAAAUGAAUAUGAACGCCGAAGAAGAGAUCAUAUUUCUCACUUUAUUUUACGCCUUGCUUAUUGCCAGUCUGAGGAUCUUAGACGCUGGUUCAUUCAACAAGAAAUGGAUCUCCUUCGAUUUCGAUUCAGUAUUUUACCCAAAGACAAGAUUCAAAGUUUCUUAAAGGAUAGCCAUUUGCAUUUUGAGGCCAUAAGUGAUGAAGAGAGGAGUCUCCGAGAACAUGAGAUUAUUGCUUCAUCAACCUCUUCGAGUGCGUCUAAGUCGGAGUUGGAGUUGGAGUCAGUUUAUAAGAUCCCUUUUGCUGAUGCUCUGGAUUUGUUCCGAGGAAGGAAGGUCUAUUUGGAAGAUGGCUUUGCUUAUGUACCACUUAAAGAUAUUGUGGCAAUUGUCCUGAAUGAAUUUAGAGCCAAACUGUCCAAGGCUUUGGCAUUAACAGCCAGGUCCUUGCCUGCUGUGCAGUCAGAUGAGAGACUUCAGCCUCUGCUUAACCAUCUCAGUCAUUCUUACACUGGUCAAGAUUACAGUACACAGGGAAAUGCUGGGAAGAUUUCUUUGGAUCAGAUUGAUUCGCUUUCUACCAAAUCCUUCCCACCUUGCAUGCGGCAGUUACAUAAAGCUUUGCGGGAAAAUCACCAUCUUCGUCAUGGGGGCCGAAUGCAGUAUGGCCUCUUCCUGAAGGGCAUUGGUUUAACACUGGAACAGGCAUUGCAAUUCUGGAAGCAGGAAUUUAUCAGAGGAAAGAUGGAUCCAGACAAGUUUGACAAAGGCUACUCUUACAAUAUCCGUCAUAGCUUUGGAAAGGAAGGCAAGAGAACUGACUAUACACCUUUCAGUUGCAUGAAGAUUAUUCUAACCAAUCCACCAGGCCAAGGGGAUUAUCAUGGGUGCCCAUUCCGUCACAGUGAUCCAGAGCUGCUGAAGCAGAAGUUGCAGUCAUACAAGAUCUCUCCCGACGGGAUAAGCCAGAUUUUGGAUUUAGUAAAAGGGACACAUUACCAAGUAGCCUGUCAGAAGUACUUCGAGAUGACACAUAAUGUGGAUGAUUGUGGCUUUUCUCUGAGCCAUCCUAACCAGUUCUUUUUUGAGAGCCAACGGAUUCUAACUGGUAGUAAAGACAUCAGAAAGGAGUCCAUCCAACCAGAAGCUCCUCAACCCAAACCAAGUGUCCAGAAAAACAAGGAUGCAUCAUCUGCUCUGGCCUCUCUGAAUUCCUCUCUGGAAGUGGAUAUGGAAGGACUAGAGGAUUAUUUCAAUGAAUGA